CGCCACCUCGGGUUUGCAUCCGAGACACCGACACAGUGGGACCCGUGAUCUUUGGUUUGCUGCGUGGACACAGUAGGGUCUGUGAACCUAGUGGGGACGCGACGUAGGGUCUGAGGAUGAGCACGGCGGAUCUAAGGCUGCGCUGGGCCAUCGCCCUGCUCCUUGCUGCUGCUGGGGCUGCAGCAGAAGACACAUGCGGCAGGAAUGAGUUCCAGUGCAGGGAGGGGAAAUGCAUCGCCAGCAAGUGGGUCUGUGACGGCAGCCCUGAAUGCCCGGAUGGCUCUGAUGAGGCCUCUGAGACAUGCAUGUCUGUCACCUGUCAAUCCAAGGAAUUCAGCUGUGGGGGCCAUGUCAGCCGCUGCAUUCCUAAUUCCUGGCGUUGUGAUGGACAGACAGACUGUGAGAACGGCUCAGAUGAACAAGGCUGUGCCCCCAAGACCUGCUCCCAGGAUGAGUUCCGCUGCCAGAAUGGCAGGUGCAUCUCCCAGAGGUUUGUGUGUGACCAGGACCAAGACUGCCUGGAUGGCUCUGACGAGGCCUACUGCCCCGCCACCACUUGUGGCCCUGCUCAUUUCCGUUGCAACUCUUCUGCCUGUAUCCCCAGCCUGUGGGCCUGUGACGGGGAUAAUGACUGUGAGGAUGGCUCCGAUGAGUGGCCACAGAACUGUGGGGGCCGCGACACUGCCUCUGCCUCGAGUAGCAGCCCCUGUUCCUCCCUGGAGUUCCACUGUGGCAGUAGCGAAUGCAUUCAUCGCAGCUGGGUGUGUGAUGGCAGUGCCGACUGCAAGGACAAGUCAGAUGAGGAACACUGUGUGGCGGCCACCUGCCGGCCUGAUGAAUUCCAGUGUGCAGAUGGCACGUGUAUCCACGGCAGCCGCCAAUGUGACCGUGAAUAUGACUGCAGGGACCUGAGUGACGAGCUUGGCUGCAUCAAUGUGACACAGUGUGAUGGGCCCAACAAGUUCAAGUGCCACAGUGGUGAAUGUAUCACCUUGGACAAGGUUUGCGACUCCACCCGGGAUUGCCGGGACUGGUCGGAUGAGCCCAUCAAGGACUGCAGGACCAACGAGUGCUUGGACAACAAUGGUGGCUGUUCCCACAUCUGCAAGGACCUCCAGAUUGGUUACGAGUGUUUGUGUCCCAGUGGCUUCCAGCUGGUAGACCGGCACAGAUGUCAGGAUAUUGAUGAGUGUCAGGAGCCAGGCACCUGCAGCCAGCUCUGUGUGAACCUUGAAGGCAGCUACAAGUGUGAGUGCCGGGCUGGAUUCCACAUGGACCCUCACACCAGGGUCUGCAAGUCUGUGGGCUCCAUAGCCUAUCUGCUCUUCACUAACCGCCACGAGGUACGGAAGAUGACCCUGGACCGCAGCGAGUACACCAGCCUUAUCCUCAACCUGAAGAACGUGGUGGCCCUGGACACUGAAGUGGCCAACAAUAGAAUCUACUGGUCAGACCUGUCCCAGGGAAAGAUCUAUAGCGCCCUGAUGGACCAAGCGUCUAGCUUGUCCUAUGACACCAUCAUCAGUGGGGACCUGCAGGCCCCGGACGGGCUGGCCGUAGACUGGAUCCAUGGCAACAUCUACUGGACAGAUUCAGUUCCAGGCAGUGUUUCUGUGGCUGACACUAAGGGUGUAAGGAGAAGGACAUUGUUCCAAGAGAAAGGGUCCAGACCCAGAGACAUUGUGGUGGACCCUGUGCAUGGAUUUAUGUACUGGACAGAUUGGGGGACACCUGCCAAGAUCAAGAAAGGAGGCCUGAAUGGUGUAGACAUCUACUCGCUGGUGACUGAGGACAUCCAGUGGCCAAAUGGCAUCACACUAGAUAUUCCCAGUGGCCGCCUCUAUUGGGUUGAUUCCAAACUCCACUCUAUCUCCAGCAUUGAUGUCAAUGGGGGCAAUCGGAAGACCAUUUUGGAGGAUGAGAAGCAGCUGGCCCACCCCUUCUCCUUGGCCAUCUAUGAGGACAAAGUAUUUUGGACAGAUGUCAUAAAUGAAGCCAUUUUCAGUGCCAAUCGCCUCACGGGUUCAGAUGUUAAUUUGGUGGCUGAAAACCUCUUGUCUCCAGAGGGCAUUGUCCUGUUCCACAACGUCACACAGCCUAGAGGGGUUAACUGGUGUGAGAGAACAGCCCUCCUCAAUGGCGGCUGCCAGUACCUGUGCCUGCCGGCCCCACAGAUCAACACCCACUCCCCGAAAUUCACCUGCGCCUGUCCUGAUGGCAUGCUACUGGCCAAGGACAUGAGGAGCUGCCUCACAGAAGUCGAGCCUGUAGUAACCGCCCAGGUGACAUCAACAAUCAGGCCUGUGAUCACUGCAACAGCCUGGGGGCCACCUAAGAGCAAGGAGGAUCAGUCUGGUUCCAGCCCUUCCAGGCAGCCUGUGGACAUGCCUGAACUCAGCACAGUGGAGUCGGUCACCAUGUCCCACCAAGUCCAGAUUGACAGAAGGAACGAGGAGCGGCCGCAGGGUGUGGGGGUCAUGUCCAUCACCCUCCCCAUUGCACUGGUCAUCCUCAUUGCCUUUGGGGCCAUCCUGCUGUGGAGGAACUGGCGGCUGAGGAGCAUCAACAGCAUAAACUUUGACAACCCAGUGUACCAGAAGACCACGGAAGAUGAGCUCCACAUUUGCAGAAGCCAGGAUGGCUACUCCUACCCUUCACGACAGAUGGUCAGCCUGGAGGAUGAUGUAGCAUGAACAGCUGUGAGAACCUUGUUUUUCCGGGAUCCAUCGCCACUCUCAGGCAGGAAGGACACUUUUUCUGCGCCUCGCUGCCCAGGACUGGUCCUGCAACCUCUGUGGCCACUGUGUUGCUCAAAGCAAGAUUAAGAGCAAAGCUGGGCUGGGACCAAGCUCAGCGGCCUGCCUGCCCCUGCUCUGUUUUAUAUAUUUAUUGUCCGGGGGCAGAAAAGGCUGCUGGCUGUACUCAAGAUGUGAAUUCUGGCUGGGAUUCCCUCCUCCCCCAUCUUUCUUUCCUUGGAAGACAAAGAAGCAACCCCCAGAAGUUUCUUCGUUCUCUUUUUUCCAUUCACAGGAAGUGGGAAGGGACCCAGGUGGAGAGAAGCCCUUUGUUCUGAACAUUCGACAGCAGGUGCUCAUGGCAGAGUCCCGGUACCACAACCAAUCCCUAAACUCAGGACUCUUCGCAUUUACCUCCACCCUGCAAGCCUUAGCCGCCGGCCAGUUAGCCCUGGCUCUGACCCUAUCAGGUCUUUCGAGCCGCAGAAGCCAGGAAAGUGACUUGUGGCUGAUCUUGCUGGAUCGUGGGACCAGCAGCUGCCAGUGCCUGAUUCCUGCUCAUGCCUUCGCUAAGCUUUCUUGUCCCUGGAGAACAGGCCCGAGGUGCCAUUCCCCUUCAUGUUUGUGAAGUGCCUGAGACAUCUGGUUGCCUUGCUCAGGAGCCUUGGCCUGCGCUGUCUGAGCACUUGCUGCUGCUCAGGUGUGGCCCUCAAGACCUCGGUUCCACGCCCAGCCCCCCCAGUUGUCCUCGUGGGACAUGGGACUUGCGCUUCAUUUCUCUCUUCGCACUUUUGCAGUUCAGAGUUGGGCACCCACGUGCUCUACUUCUGUGCUCUUAGAUGCACUGUUCGGUGGUGUGUUGGGAUGGAGUUUGGGUCCAGGGAGGGAGGAAGAUGUCAGCUGAUCAGGAUCCGAGCAUCCAGAAGCGUCUGGUCUUUUCAGUGCUGGAACGGCUCAGCCACUUUUCAGCUUUUUUUUUUUUACUUUAACCCUCUGACUGGUAGUUUGUGAUUCCGCACAAAUAUUGGAACAGUUCAGCUGUUCAGCUCCUCUCAUCCCAACAGAGAUUUCCCUGCUCAGCUGGUUUGUGGUACACCUAUCCCAGCCCUGAGCCUGAGGCAGGUGGGUUGCCAGGAAUGAGAGGCCAGCCUGGGCUACACAAUAAGACUGCCACAGAAAGGAAAAAAUGGAAGAAAAAGGAAAGGGAAGGAAGGAAGGAAACUUGCAUGGUUUUCAGCCCAUGAUUAGCAAAGUGUGGUGCUGCAUGCCUUCAAUCCCAGCACUCAGGAGGCAGAGGUAGGCUCAUCUCUUGAGUUCCAAGCCAGCCUGGGUUAGAUAGUUCCAGGCCAGCUAGGGUUACACAGUGAGAAUGUAUCUGAAAACCAAAAGAAAUCCUAUAAUCCAGGUUAUUUGGGAGAACUUGGACAAACACUUAGAAAUUGCCACAAAUUUAUCACACGGGUAACUCAAGAUGGCUGUGGCAGUCUCUCUUGGAUACCUGCACAUGUCCAUCUGAAGAGUCCCACUUUCGGGAUAGGAUGGCACAUUGCCAGCCCGACAGGACGCUUAUAAAGGAGCUCUGUGCCAAUGGCACCUGGUUCUGUUUUCACUCUGCAUACUUGUUUGAGGUUAUCACACAUAUAUAAAAUCUAUUUAUUUUUGCAAACCCUGAUUGCUGCACUUGUUGGUGACAUUCCUCCAGGUUGAGCUGGGGUGACACUCUGGGAUGCUCUGUAUAUGAAGAUUGUUUGAAUGGGCUUUUCUUGGGCCUGUGUAUUGCCUUGAGGGAUAGGAAUUGCUUUGGAAACAUUAUUCAGGUGUUUUUAAUAGGCUGGAAAUGUCUUACUGUAAUGGAUUAAACUCCUUUUUGAAAAC